UUGUACUGCAAAGUACGCAAUUUUAGGCUAAAAAUGAGUGAUAUGGAUCCAAAUAAGCUCAAAGUUGCAGAAUUGCGCGAGGAACUAAAAAUUCGUGGCCUGGACUCUAAAGGUACGAAGCCAGUUCUAGUGAAGCGAUUACAGCAAGCCUUGAACAAAGAACACGGUAUUGCAGAUGAAGAUGAUUCCAUUGAUGACAGUAUGCAAGAUGAAGAAGCUCCCGAUGAGUCUUCCCAAGAUAUUGAUGGCGGAAAUGCUGACGAAGCUUCUCUAGACGUCGAUGGUAAUGAGGAUGCUGAGAAUGAUGUAGGUGAUGAAGAAGAGGAGGAGGAAGAGGAGGAAGAAGAUCAAAAUGAUAUGCCUGAGGGUGAAUUUCAAACUAUUGAUGAAACUUCUCAGGAUGAUGAACAGCAGCAAGAUGAAUCCAAAGCUGAGGACAAAGAAAAGAAAGCCCAGAAAAGGAAACGCUCUCGAUCAAAGGAGAGACGAUCUCGAGAUCGUUCCAGACGUUCAACAUCACGCUCCAGAGAUCGUGGAAGACAUUCACCAAGGCGAAGCCCACCACCUAAAAAAGUUGAAAUGGAAGAUGAUAGUUGGGUGCAAUCCACAGAUGUUGUUUUUGACAGAUACAAUUGUGACUUGAACCUUCGUAUUGAUGAGAACAAUUACAAAGCUCAUCCUCUGACCACUGAUGGAUUUGCUUUUAUGUGGGCUGGAGUCCGUUCAACUUAUGGUGUAAACACUGGUAAAGUGGCCUUUGAAGUAAAGGUUGGUGAAGAACUUAAUGUUAACCAUUUACCAAGUGAGGAACAAAACAAGCAUGUUGUCAGAGUUGGUUUUUCUACUGAUGCUACAAGCUUACAAUUGGGUGAAGAACCAUUAUCUCAUGGUUAUGGUGGAACAGGAAAAGCUUCAACAGAUUGCAAAUUCAAAGAUUAUGGUGAAAAAUUUGGUACUGGUGAUGUUAUCACUGCAUACUUAGAUUGGGAAAGUGAUCCUCCCACCAUCUCCUACAGCAAGAAUGGAGAAGAUCUUGGUAAUUUGAAUGCAAUUUUGGACAAAAUGAAGAGCCAUUUUCCCUUUGAAAGAGGACGGAUCAGGGGUUCCUUACCUCCAGCUAAAAAGGAAGAAUGUGAGAUUCUCAUGAUGGUUGGUUUACCUGGUGCAGGUAAAACUGUUUGGGCAGAAAAACAUGCCAAGGCUAAUCCUGAAAAGAAGUUUAAUGUCCUUGGUACUAAUAACAUCAUUGACAAAAUGAAGGUGAUGGGUCUGCCUCGUAAGAGGAACUAUGCUGGACGAUGGGAUGUUCUCAUUGACAAGUCCACAAAGUGCCUAAACCGAAUGAUUGAGAUGGCAGCUCGCAAGAAGCGCAACUACAUUUUGGAUCAGACAAACGUGUAUGCAUCAGCCCGGAGACGUAAAAUGACGCCUUUUGAAGGCUUUCAACGCAAGGCAGUUGUGGUAGUACCUACCGAUGAAGAUUUCAAAAGACGCAUAUCACAAAGGGAGAAAGAAGAGGGCAAAGAUGUACCUGAAAAGGCGGUGCUUGAGAUGAAAGCCAACUUUAGUGCUCCUGAGGAAGGCACUUUGUUUGAUGCUGUAAUAUAUGCUGAGCUGGACAAAGAGGAGGCCAAACCUUUGAUAGAAAAAUACAGAAAGGAGGGUGCAGCAGCACUCCCUCCUCCUUCUAAAAGAUUCAGAGGUGACAGAUUUGGUCGUGGACGCUUUGAUCGCAGAGAUUAUCGUAGGGGUGGUGGUUAUGGUGACAGAGACCGCUUUGGGCGUGGUGGUUCUCGAGGCUUCCGUGACAGACCAUCACCUCGUUAUAAUGACAGACGUGGAGGAUAUGGUAGUGGUGGUGGUGGUGGUCGAGGUGGUUAUUCCUCUCGUGGUCCUCGUCCCCACAGCCGUUAUGACCGUAGAUCUCCUGACCGCAGAUCAGGUGGCUACAGACAAACACAGCGUUAUCAAGGUUCUGGUCAGCGUAGUGGUGGUUAUGGUGGUGGUUCUUGGGGCUCCAACAGACCUUACAGUGGUGGCCAAGGAUCCUGGGGCCAUCAAGGCAAUUAUGGUGGACAGUGGGGAUCUUCAUCUCAAUCUGGCUAUGGAAAUUGGGGUUAUGGCAGUGGUUCUAACCAAGGUGGUGGUGGUUAUAGUGGUGGCGGCAGCAGUGGCAGCCACUCUCAAUGGGGACAGAACUACAACCAGAACUACUAUCAAGGCUAUGGAGGCGGAGGUGGUGGUGGUGGUCAAAGCCAGUACAACCAAUGGGGCCCCAGCACAGGCUACAAAAGUAAAGCCUACUCGAUGUCCAGAGGGAGAAAAUAUUAG